AUGUUCAGACAUUAUAAGGCUAGUUCCUUACUUAGACAAACUUUAGUUGGUAGAACUUCUGUCAGCUCCUCACUAAACUGCGCUAGUGCCCCACAAAUUAUUCUGGUCCAUAGUCAGAAUAGAUCUUACUCAAAACUGAACCAGGACGACGUCAAUCAUUUUAAAGGAAUCUUGAACAAACCUGAAGUCGCCGUCAUUGAAGACCUUGAGGGCACUGGCUCUUCUUCAGAGCUCUCUGGGUACAAUACAGAUUGGUUAAAUAAGUUAAAAGGUAACUCCAAAUUAGCCCUACGUCCUUCCUCAACUGAAGAGGUCAGCCAGAUCCUGAAAUAUUGCAACUCGAGACAACUUGCUGUUGUCCCUCAAGGUGGAAAUACAGGCCUUGUUGGUGGAAGUGUCCCUCUUGAUGAUGAAAUUGUCCUGUCUCUUAAUAGAAUGAACAACAUUAUUGGAUUUGAUAAAAAUUACAGUAUUCUUAAGACCCAAGCAGGUGUUGUACUUGAAAAGUUGAUAGAGUAUUUGGAGCAAUUUGGAUACAUGCCUCCAGUUGAUUUAGGAGCUAGAGGUAGCUGUCAUAUUGGAGGAAAUCUAGCUACAAAUGCAGGAGGGAUCAAGCUCUUGAAGUAUAAUUCCUUGCAUGCCAACACAAUCGGGCUUACUGCAGUUCUUCCAGAUGGUACAAUUCUUGACAAUAUGAGAGCUCUAAGAAAAGACAAUACUGGAUAUCACCUCAAGCACUUAUUUAUUGGUAGUGAAGGAACUCUUGGAGUGAUCACCGAAGCAGCAAUUUUAUGCCCAAAGAUACCUGCUGCACACAAUGUUGCUUUGUUUGCUCUCGACAAUUUUGAUAAAGUAGAAGAAGUUUUAAGAGCUUCUAAAGAUUAUUUAUCUGAGAACUUGACAGCUAUAGAAUUCUUUGAUAGUGAAUCAAACAAUAUCCUAAAGGAUCAUACAAAACAUAGAAACCCACUUGGAUACUCCCACAACUAUUACAUGGUAGUUGAAGUGUCGAACUUUGACAACACCUCUACAGCAGAAGAGAACACCAAAAUCAUUGAAGACAAGUUCUUCGGCCUCUUUGAAAAGAUUAGCACUGUCAUUGAAGAUGGCGUCAUUGCCCAAGACUCUUCCCAACGAGAAGCCAUCUGGAACUGUAGAGAGAGAAUCGUUGAAGGCUUUUUCAAAGAAGGCAUGACCUUUAAAUAUGACUUUUCACUGCCUAUUGAUAAGUUCCCAGUCUUCUUAGACAAGAUUCGAGACAAACUUGGAGAUCAUGCUAGAACAGGAGGCUAUGGACAUAUUGGAGAUGGAAACAUUCAUGUCAAUGCUUCUAUCAAAGGAUAUGAUAAUCUCAAGCUGUUCAAGGAGUUGCAGAAAGAACUUGAGCCAUGGGUAUUUAGUCUUGUUGAAGAUUAUGAAGGAAGUAUUAGUGCUGAGCAUGGAAUCGGAUCAUUCAAAGCACCAUAUUUUGAGUUGAACAAAAGUAACAAAAUGGUCUCUGUGAUGAAGCAGAUCAAAGGGGUGCUGGAUCCUAAUGGAAUCAUGAAUCCUCAUAAGCUGUUUGAUUAAGAUUCAGCCAUCAAAA